CAACGCAGAAGCUCGUUGGCGCACGCGCAAUAGUUGAAUAACAUGGAUUUCUAAAUGUAUUUUGCGACGCUUGCGCACGCGACGUGUCCGGUCUGGUCAGCAUGUUACCACUCAAACACGUCCUAUGUGUCCAACUAACUAACGUACCAAGCUGCUGGACUACUCUGGAUGUGAAAAUGAACGGUGUGUCUUUAAGGCGUCCUACUACCCUGUAGAUGUGUGUUGCUGUGGCAGAGAAACUGACGCCCGGGACCCUGUAGUCCACGUUAUUAUUCCAUCCUGAACCGGCGAGGAAACUGGCGGCGUUGCGUUCAUAGGAGAUACAGCCGUCAAUCAAAAACAAACGUCCCAAACUAUUGCAACUCUGUCGCGGUGGACAGACACACGUUGCAUUGCUGUGUGUUGAGCCGACCAUCAGGAUGAGGCCUGGUCAGCUGUGUGUUCUGGUCCCAGCUUCCACUACCCUCCUCUUCCUCCUGGUCCUGUCAGGACCUUCUCAGACCAGCGCCUGUAACAAGGCCCUCUGCGCCUCCGACGUCAGCAAGUGCCUCAUACAGGAGCUGUGUCAGUGUCGUCCAUCCGAUGGGAACUGUUCAUGUUGUAAAGAGUGUAUGCUCUGUCUGGGGACACUGUGGGAGGAAUGCUGUGACUGUGUUGGGAUGUGUAACCCUAAGAACUACAGUGAUACUCCAGCCACCUCCAAGAGCACAGUGGAGGAACUCCAUCGACCAAUCCCCUCGCUGUUCCGAGCCCUCACGGAGGGCGACGCCCCUAUCAACAUGAUGGUGGUGUCCUUUCCCGUUGCCGAGGAACUAUCUCACCAUGAGAACCUGGUCUCCUUCCUAGAGACUCUUGAUAACCAGCACCAGAACAUAUCGCUCCCCGCCAGCAGCAUCCACGGCAGCUACGACACUCAAGAUAACAUGUGUACGGUGGUCUACUUUGACGACUGCGUAUCCAUCCGCCAGUGUAAACUAUACUGUGAGUCGAUGGGAGGGUCGAAGUACCGCUGGUUCCACAACGCCUGCUGUCAGUGCAUCGGCCCGGAGUGUCUGGACUACGGCAGCAAGGCUGUUAAGUGCAUGAACUGUCUGUUCUGAAAACAGAUGCUGGAUGGAUCCAUGAACUGUCUGUUCUGAAGACGGAUGGCUCCAUGGUGGUGGAGACUGGCACCAAAAAUAUGGACCAAAACAAUGGGUGGCUCCAGAGAGGGGCUACACGAUGCUGAAGCCUCCUCAAAAUUGCCUAGUCCCCCCCCCCAAAAAAAAUAUUGUAUUAGUACAUCAUAUAUGACAGGACCCCUUAUCUUCCCCCUUAGCUUGCCCCUUAGCUUGCCCCUUAGCUUGCCCCUUAGCUUGCCCCUUAGCUUGCCCCUUAGCUUGCCCCUUAGCUUACCCCUUAAGCUUCCCCAAUGAAAAGUUUCUGUUGCCACCGCUGACCAAACAUAAGAAGACUGACUGACACGGUCCAAUAUUCAUUGUAACCAUCAGAGCUAGCUGACUGAAUUUAUCUCUGAUGUUUCUUUCAUGAGAGUGAAUAACGUCAAAUAUUUUCCUUCUUACUGAUUUAUUGUUUUAUCAUUAUUUUAUUCUGUGUAUUUGAGAUGUAAAAAAAUAAAAAUGUUUUUACUAGA